CCUUCAUUGUUGUCAUUUAAAAUACCCCCACACACCACCCUCACUGUAACUCUUUCUUGGACCGCCAACCUCCAUCUCUGUAUAUAAUCUACUCUAUAACUGCAUUCCUAUACCCCUUUUUCAGUUUUGAAUUCUCAGCCACUGAUUGAUUUGCCUCUUGAAGUGGCAACAACAUUGCCCCAUCUUCUCCCCCCACUUUAAUCAUUCUGCCAAAACAAGAAAAAAGACAAAAGAGGUUUUCUAAGUUGGCCCUGUUCUUGCUUUUACAGCUUGAUUGAUUUCAGCCAUGGAGAUGAAAGGGGGGAAUAGUGUUUGUGUGAUGGAUGCUGCGGGUUGUUUGGGUUCUGCUCUGGUCAGAUGUCUUCUUCUCCGAGGAUACACAGUCCAUGCUGCUCUCCAGACCCAUGAUGAUGAUUUGAUGCAGUCUUUGAAGAGGCAAUAUGCUGCAGAAAUCAGCAGCAGCAGAUUGAAAGUUUUCCAGUCUGACCUCUUGGACUACCACAGCAUAUUGGAGGCUGUGAAGGGAUGUUGUGGCUUGUUUUACUCUUUUGAACCUCCAUCUGAUUAUGCUACCUAUGAUGAAUUCAUGGGAGAAAUUGAGGUAAGAGCAGCACACAACGUGGUGGAAGCUUGUGCGCAGACAAGCACCAUAGAUAAAGUAGUUUUCACGUCCUCCGCCACGGCGGUGGUAUGGGGAAGGGAACGCAACGCCGCCGCGGCCGCCGCCGCUGCGGCGCAUGCCCUCCACCCCCUGGACGAAAGAAGCUGGAGCGACGUCAACUUCUGCAAGAACUUUAAGCUAUGGCACGGGCUGUCGAAGACGGUGGCGGAGAAGGCGGCGUGGGCUCUGGCGAUGGACAGAGAGGUAAACAUGGUGUCCAUUAAUGGAGGCUUGUUAAUCAGCCCUGGGCUGAGCAUGAAAGAUCCGUAUCUGAAAGGCGCCGCAGAGAUGUAUGAAGGAGGAUUUUUUGUAGCAGUAGACUUAGGAUUCUUGGUUGAUGCCCACAUUUGUGUCUUUGAGGAUGUCUCAUCUUAUGGAAGAUACCUAUGCUUCAACCGCGUUAUCAACUGCAGUGAAGACACUUCUAAGCUUGCCAACAUGCUUUUAUCAGUAAACCCUUCACAUCCUCUAUCUACACACUCCACUCAAAGCAUGGAAAUGGAAGAUGACAGAGUGCACCAGCAAAAGAUAAGCAACCAGAAAUUAAGCAAGCUCAUGUUAGGGUUUGAGAGUGGAGCACUUCAAAUCCAUAUGUGAGAUUGAGGGCUGACAGAGAGAGCUAGAAACUUACAUAUGCAAUUAUAAAUACAGACAAGAUUUCAUUAGAUACACUCAGUAGUAUUAUUUUCUGACUACCAAAUGGCAUCAUUCUUUGAUGAAAUUUGGGUUGUCUUACAAUGUAUUUUGUCACAGUUCCCAUAAUUGUAUAUGUAAUGUUCAAAAAAAUAAUUCAUAUUCUAUUGUUUUAACAGUA